GAAAAUGUGGGAGAUGUGGCCCACCUCCAGCAAUUGAAAAUGGAGACAUUCUUUCCUCCCCCAGGCCAGAAUAUCAACAAGGUGCAACUCUGGAAUAUAAGUGCCCUAAUCUUUAUCCUAUGAAAGGAUCUCCAUUUCUAACAUGCAAUGAUGGAGAGUGGACAAGCCCCCCAGUUUGCCUAGGUGUGUAUGUCAAAGUCUCACUAAUGAACCAUAAUAAAUUCAUCAAAAGUAAAAAGACAGCAGCUGUUCUGGGAUCUCCCAACCCAGUGUAUAACAAAACCUUCAAUUUCAAGGCAGAUCAGACAGAGCUGGAUACAACAAGCCUGAGUCUAUCUGUGCUCCAGAGUAUCAAGGGAGAAAGUAAAGAUUUCAGAGAAGCACUCAGAGAUGUUCAUCACUAA